UUUUAUUUGGAGGUUCCAGAGGCGGGUUUCAUUUUUUGCUGGGUUAAAGUCGCAGAAUUCGGCUUUAUGACAGAACGCUUGUCACAUGAAAGUCUUGAUUGUUGGAAAGUUAAUUAGUACAAUGAAUGUCGAGAUCAGCCAAUAAUCUCGACAGUAAUCUCAAAUCCCUGCGACAGAAUCCAAUAGGGAUUGGGAAAAAGCGGGACUAAAGGAACGGGAUGCAAGCAGAAAACAGGAGGGAGAUCUGAAAUGUUUCGCUGCACUGCGCGCAUACAGUUUAGUUUAGUUGAGUGAAAACGAAACGUUUCUGCUGCCUCGUGUCUUUUCACUGAACACAAUGAUCACGUUGCAGGUGCGCUGUGAUUGAUGGGCUUGCUCUGUCUCCAGUCUAUCAACAGGCUGCUGUUCAUACACGUUUGGCUGCAAGUCUGUGAUGCAGUUACAGUGCCCCCGUCUCCAGUGACGUCACCUCCAGGCAGUGAUGUCACUCUCAGCUGCUCUUUCUCCUAUAAAGAGGGGGCUGAUCUCAGAGGAUUGGUGGUUACCUGGCAACGCCCUCCUGCCGAUCGCGUGGUCCACAGUUUCUAUUACGGUCGAGACCAGCUGGAUCUGCAGAAUGAAGCCUACAGGAAUCGGACCCAGCUGUUCCCAGAGCAGCUCAGUGUGGGGAACGCCUUCCUCAGACUGAAACAGGUGCGGGAGGAGGAUGAGGGCCGGUACACCUGCGCUGUGACCAACCAAGUGGAGAGCACCAGGGGAGACGUGCAGCUCCUAGUGGCAGGUGACGGACGGCUAUCCCCGGCCCACACUGCUGUGGCUGAAUGCGGCAGGAAGUGACAUCACAAACCAGAGCCACACCUCCC